UGAGUUUUGAUUUUGGCCAAACCCAACCCAAUCCGGCCCACGUACACCCCUAUAUAACUUUCCCGAAUAAAGUUAGAGAAAAUUUAUUCUUCUUUCUCAUCGAAUCCACAGAUUUGCUAGGGCACGCCUCUUCUCUCUCACUCUCUCCGCGGCCUCCUCUCAGAUUUGCGCCGCUACGGUUAUUCGUUUCUUAUUGUUCAGAGAUGGCUGAUGCUCAUGAUACUGAUAAGAACAUUGAGGUGUGGAAAAUCAAGAAAUUGAUCAAGGCUCUUGAAGCUGCUAGAGGAAAUGGGACAAGUAUGAUUUCCCUUAUCAUGCCCCCACGUGAUCAGAUUGCUCGUGUUACCAAGAUGCUUGGCGAUGAGUUUGGAACUGCUUCAAACAUCAAAAGUAGGGUGAAUCGACAGUCUGUGCUUGGUGCAAUCACUUCUGCUCAGCAGAGGCUUAAGCUUUAUAACAAGGUUCCUCCAAAUGGCCUUGUUUUGUAUACUGGCACAAUUGUGACUGAUGAUGGGAAGGAGAAAAAGGUGACCAUUGAUUUUGAACCAUUUAGACCUAUCAAUGCGUCUCUCUAUCUUUGUGACAACAAGUUUCACACUGAAGCUCUAAACGAGCUCCUGGAAUCUGAUGACAAGUUUGGGUUUAUUGUCAUGGAUGGUAAUGGCACUCUGUUUGGAACUUUGAGUGGUAAUACAAGAGAGGUGCUUCACAAGUUCAGUGUGGAUCUCCCGAAGAAACAUGGAAGAGGAGGGCAAUCAGCUCUACGUUUUGCUCGUCUUCGUAUGGAGAAGCGUCAUAACUAUGUGAGGAAGACGGCUGAGCUUGCAACCCAGUUUUAUAUCAAUCCUGCUACCAGCCAGCCUAAUGUUUCUGGAUUAAUCCUUGCUGGUUCUGCUGAUUUUAAAACUGAGCUUAGUCAGUCAGAUAUGUUUGAUCCACGUCUUCAGGCAAAGAUACUUAAUGUUGUUGAUGUAUCGUAUGGAGGGGAGAAUGGGUUUAACCAGGCUAUUGAAUUAUCUGCUGAAAUUCUGUCCAAUGUCAAGUUUAUUCAGGAGAAACGGUUGAUUGGAAAAUACUUUGAGGAAAUCAGUCAGGAUACGGGGAAGUAUGUCUUUGGGGUUGAUGAUACUCUACAAGCUCUGGAUGCAGGAGCUGUCGAGACACUUAUUGUCUGGGAAAAUCUGGAUAUGACUAGGUAUGUUUUGAAAAAUACUACUACUGGUGAAGUUGUCAUUAAGCACUACAACAAGGAGCAGGAAGCUAACCAGAGCAACUUUAGAGAUCCUGAAAGCAAUGCUGAUUAUGAGGUUCAGGAAAAGCUGUCUCUGUUGGAGUGGUUUGCAAAUGAAUACAGAAAGUUUGGUUGCACUCUCGAGUUUGUCACUAAUAAAUCACAAGAAGGUUCACAGUUUUGCAGAGGUUUUGGUGGGAUAGGUGGGAUCUUGCGUUACCAGCUUGAUAUGAGAACAUUUGAUGAUUUUUCUGAUGAUGGAGGCGUGUAUGAAGACGAAUAGCAAUCAAUGAAAUACUUUCUACCGGUGCAGGAAAGGGAGGCCAAAAUACCUGCACCAGUAUUGGAGGCGGCUGCAUGGGCUGCUGCUGCUCCUCCCCCUCUUACUCCUCGUCUGUCUGUGGUGUUGCAUGGGAAGUCUGACUGCGAAAAGAGUUGCUUUGCCCCAAAAGAGCUGUCUUAUAUGGCACUACAAAUUUCAGAAACAUUGCUGACAACAUCUGGUGAAAAUCGGUCAUUUCCUAUUCCUCUGCUAUCUGCUUGUAUUCACAAGGGCAAAAACACAGUCAUCCUCCCCAAAGAACACAACAUAGCAUCAACGAAGUCUUUGUUGAACCUGUUGUCUGAUGUAACCCAGCAAAGCUUUGACGAAGAAGUAGUUCGCUCACUAAGUGAUCAAGGUGAACGAGAUAUUUCUUUGUAUGCGUUUCAUGAAUAAUCAAGCCAAUGCCAUGUCUGACUAUAGCCUCAUGCCUCAAUCAUGCUUUUGGGAACUUUUGCUACAUUGAACUGCGUUCUUUAUGUUUUAUUGAUACUGAAUUCAUGGUUUGCUUUACUUUUAUUUCAUUUUGAAGGACAUGGUUUGCUUCUAUUCUACUAGUAAAAUGGCUUGUAUAAGUUGAAAGAUUGCUUAAUUGUGUGAAUUGUGAUGUUAUGAAAAACUACAGUUUGUUUUAAUUGAAAUAUUGAUAUUAACA